CGGGUUGUACUAGGUGAAAGUAAGUUAUUAGUUGUACCGGUUUACGGUGACUAGAUGGAAUUAAGUUAUUAGUUGCACGGUUUGCGGUGACUAGGUACGGGUAGGUUAUAAGUUGUACGUGGUUUAUCGCGACCAGUUAUGUUAAAGUCUCCAUUUAAAAGUGUUUUAUUGAAACUAGUUAGUGCAUACAUAAUUACAAUAAAUAGUGUAAGUAGUUUCAAUCGUAAUUAGUUAAACUUGAAACACCGCCACACACCCCAGGGUCAGGAUGAAGUUGAAGUUGGCGGUAUUGUUGGCAGGCAUAGCCCUAGCGACGGCGGUACCUCUCCACGAGCCUUCACGGGACAACCACGGGGCGCAGGUACUUAGGGUGAAGGUGACGGACCUCGCGGACCUGACGUACUUUGCGUACCUGCAAUCGCGUACCACACUGGACUUCUGGACUGAGCCACGUGCCCUGGGCGAAAUCGACAUCAUGGUCCGGCGUUGGGACCUGCCGAUGUUGAAGGCUGUGCUUCUGCACCGAAAACUUCAGUACAGUAUACACAUCGCCGACGUCCACCGCCACCUCGCUGACAUGAAGGAGAAGCACCUGCAGGCCCGAACCAGGGCUGGAGACGCCAGGAUGUCGUGGGACGCAUACUACAAUUAUGACGAGAUCAAUGCGUGGCUAGACAGUUUGGCCGCCGAUUACCCGUCCAUUGCGACCGUGACGGAUGUGGGCACGUCGUACGAGGGACGUACCAUGAAGCUCCUCAAGCUGUCCACCGGACAAGCUGUCCACGCCAUCUUCACGGAUGGCGGUAUGCACGCCAGAGAGUGGAUCGCCCCUGCCACAGUGACGUACUUCAUCCAGCAGCUGGUGGCAGGUGAUGGUGUCGGUCUGCUGGACGAUGUGGAUUUCUACUUCAUGCCGUCCAUCAACCCAGAUGGUUAUGCAUACACCUUCACUGAAGACCGAUUGUGGCGCAAGACGCGUUCCCCCAACCCCGGCAGCCCCUGCGUGGGCACCGACCCUAACAGGAACUGGAGCUUCCACUGGAUGGAGGGUGGGGCCUCUGACAUGCCCUGCUCGGAAAUAUACGCAGGCCCCGAACCCUUCAGUGAGGUUGAGAUGAGGGUUGUGAGGGACCAACUUCUUGUCCUCAGACCCCGCGUGUACCUCACAUUCCACUCAUACUCACAACUCUGGAUGUAUCCUUGGGGAUACACCACCGACCUCCCCGACAACUGGGAGGACAUGCAUUCGCUUGCCAUCGCAGCCGUGGCCGCCCUGACCGCCGUCCACGGCACGCAGUACGAAGUUGGCUCUUCGUCUAACACCAGCUACAUCGCCGCCGGAGGUUCGGAUGACUGGGCCCUAAGUGUAGGUGGGUCAGAAUACGCAUACACCAUUGAGCUCAGGGACCAGGGGCAAUACGGGUUCGAACUCCCGGAGAACUUGAUAAUUCCUACGGCAGAGGAAACGUGGGAGGGAUUCAAGUUGAUUGCACAGUUCAUCGGCCAUUAUUAGCCGUGAAAUAUUAUAACAAUCGCUCAAGCCAAAAUAGAUUAACAGGUCAAUGAAUUUUUGUUGAUUAUGAAAUAUAUUUUCGAUAGAAUUUGAGUCUACUUGUAAUGGAUUGCUUCCAACUUGAAUUAUAAUAGAUCUAUUGGUUGCUCAAUUCUAUAGAUUAAUAACGAAUGUGCAGUAUAUUUCAUUACUUGUCCAGUAGAUGUUUUCACAAACAUUUGGUACUGUUCAGUUCCAACUGAUGAACUAACUCAUGCGCGAAUAAAAUUUCAAUUUGAA